AGAUCAAAACAUGAAAAAUGGUAAAUGGAUAGAGCUUUUGAAUGGAUUUUGGAGGUUUAAUAUUUUUAAAGAUUUAGUGAUUCUUAGGUCAUUUAUAAAGGUGAAUAUAAAAAUUCUAAAAAGUAUGGUAGUUGGGAUAUCUAUUAUUAGAAAUAGUAUGGGAAUUAUAAAAAUGAAUAGAUGUUAUUAUAAAUUAUUAAACAUUAUAGCGGCGGUGGUUCAUUUGAUGAUGAAAAUUUGAAAAAUGGAAAAUGGAUUGAAUUGAAUUGAACAAAAAAUUUUCAUUUUACUUUUCAUA